AUGCUAUCCCAAUCAGAGAAGGUUGGUGGUGCACAGUGGAAUCCUAAUAGGCAUCAGUUCCUAAGUGAUCUCAUAGUCUCUUGUAAUCUGUUUGACAUUGGUUUUGCUGGUCAACAAUUUACUUGGGCAAGAAAGGAAGGUAACACUAUCAUCCUACAAGAGAGAUUAGAUCGGGCCUUAAUUGAUGAGAACUGGUUGUUAAAGUGGCCAGAGACCAACCUGUCUCAUUUGACACGUCUGGGCUCUGACCAUACUCCCAUUGUACUUUCUACUGAUAAUGUUAGCAGGAAAGGAAUUCCUCUUUUCAGAUUUGAGUCCUAUUGGGCUGAGGAACCUGAAUCAUCUCGAAUAGUGGAGGAGUGUUGGUUGGGGGUUACUAAUGGGAGACCCAUUAGCACUUGGAACUCUAACCUAAACCGAUGCAAAAAAAGUCUCAAAAGCUGGAGUAGAAGCAAAUUCCCAAAGAGUUUAAAAGUGAAGAUAAAGGCAUGUAUCGAGGAACUUGAUGAUCUACAGGUUUUGGAGCCUUUCUCUAGUUCAGAUAAACAAGUUGAACUCAGUUCGAAAUUGAGCGAGCUAUGGAUCAAGGAGGAGAAAUUUUGGCAUCAAAGGUCCAGGGUCAAGUGGCUCAAGUCGGGGGUAUUUGGGUUUUUGGAGAGGAUCGGAUCAGAGAAGAGUUUGAACAUCAGUUCCAAGGGAUUUUCACAAGUUGAAUGGGAUUUCCUAGAGGCUGCUCUGCUUCAAUUUGGAUUUGCUAGACCAUGGGUCAAUCUGGUACUUGCGUGUGUAUCUUCAGUUUCCUUUUCUAUAGUUCUGAACGGUAAACCAGGCAGGUAUUUCUCUCCAAGCAGGGGUCUGAGGCAGGGGGACCCCUUAUCCCCUUAUUUGUUCUUAAUCGUUAGUGAGGCACUCUCUCUAAGGUUAACAAAGGCAGUGAAUGAGAAACAUCUAUUGGGGAUUAAGCUUUGCAGGGGAUGCCCUACCUUAUCUCACCUAUUUUUUGCCGACGAUGCAUUAUUCUUUGUGAAGGCUACAUUAAGCAAUGUGAGUAAGCUAGCUGCUAUUUUUGAGGAAUACUGUAGAGCUUCGGGGCAGGUGAUUAGCCGAGAGAAAUCAAGCAUUUUCUUUUCUCCUAACACCCCAGCACAAAUGGCAAGACUAAUGUGUGAGCUUAUGGGAUUUGUGGAGGUGGAAAACCCAGGAAAGUACCUGGGAUUGCCUACUAUAUGGGGAAGAUUGAAGAAAGAUGCUCUCAGCUACAUCACAGAGAGAAUUAAUCGAAAACUUGAUGGUUGGAAGGAAAAAAAUCUCUCUUGGGCUGGAAAGGAGACUCUCAUAAAAUCAGUAGCCAUGGUUAUUCCAUCGUUCCCCAUGUCAUGUUUUCUAUUGCCUAAGUAUCUUGGCAAUCAAAUUAAUUCGGCUAUUAGUAAUUUUUGGUGGGGAAAGAGCGAGUCCAUCAACAAAAUUCACUGGAUUUGCUGGGAGAGCUUAGGCAGGGCCAAGGCAGUUGGUGGGCUCGGUUUCAAGGAUCUACACCAUUUCAACCUGGCACUAUUAGCAAAGCAAUGCUGGAGAAUUUUAUCUCAGCCUAAUUCUAUGUGGGCUAUGGUUCUCAAAGCUCGGUAUUUCCCUAACACAGGGUUCAUGGAGGCUGGAAAGGGUCAUAGGCCCUCUUGGAGUUGGUCCAGCAUGAUUGCAGCAAGAGAUUUAAUUGCCAAAGGUUGUUGUUGGCAAGUAAUGAAUGGCAAAUCUAUCCGUAUAUGGCAGGAUAUUUGGGUUCCUCCUCCCCAUGUUGGAGCUCUGAUUCCAAAUCCAUCCCAAUCUACACUUCCUCCUAUGUCUCAUGUUCACACUCUGAUCGACUGGAAUCAGAAAAGCUGGAGGUUAGAUAUGAUUGCAAACCUAUUUCAGCCAGAGGGAAUGUCUAUAUCAUCUAGUUCAUCUAGUGCUACCUCUUCUCACUCUAUCGACAAGAGGAUCUGGAAAUCAAUUUGGGCAAUUAAAACUCUUUCGAAGAUCCGGUUGUUUCUGUGGAGGGCUAUUUGGUUUGGUUCCUCACUCGGAUUACGAAUUGACAGAACUAGCAUAACUACUAUAGACAGUUGGCUCUUGAAAUCACUAGAUUUACUGGCAAAUGUAAGUGAGAGGAAAAACUUUCUAACCUCUUGGAGCUUCAUUGUCUGGUGUAUUUGGAAGAGUCGAUGUGCAUUUGUAUACCGUGGUGUCUCUGUAUGCCCUCGCUUCACCAUCUCAUCGGCAUCUUUACUGGAGAAUGAAUUCCGGUCUGCAAAUGUACCGGUCCUCGGAACAACAAAUCAUAGCCCACCCGAAACUAUCCCCACUACUUGGUCGCCGCCGCCGGUGGGAUGGGUAAAGGUGAAUAGUGAUGCGGCCUGGUUACCUUCGUCAUCGGCUGGACUGGGGGUGAUCAUCAGAGACUCCAGCGGAAGGGUAAUCGGAGGUUUGGCUGAAGCUGCAGUCAUCCCUUCCGUUGAAGGCGCCGAAGCCGAGGCCAUCCUUAGAGGAGUGGAGCUAGCAAUUUCUUUGAACCUGAAACAGAUUAUUGUUGAAUCAGAUUCCAAACAAUUAAUCUCAGAACUUUUGAGUUCAUCUGUGAGAAGCUGGAGGACUUACCCAGCAUUGGAGACAAUAAGAAGACGAAGUCUGAUGUUUGAUCGAUGUACUUGGAACUGGACACCAAGAUCGACAAAUCAAGCUGCUCACCAUGCAGCUAUGCUUGCCAGGCGGACUGAGGAUCCUCUGCGAUGGGCUGAAGAGCCACCUCUUUCCAUGGUUUCUGUACUGCGCAAUGAUGGCUUGCCGUGUCCCCCGCCGGCGACUGAUUAG